GUCAAUCCAAGCGCCGAACUGUAUUUGGGUCCAUAACAAGCCCACAUUGAAAUGUCCAUAGCUCCGAAGGCAGUUACGGUUGUGCCGCAGUUCUCUUCGCAGUUUCUAAGUGCAAAGAAAUGGAAGCAGAAAUGGAAAAGAAAAGGAAACCAGUGGCUCUUUUUAUGGCUUUUGGCACCAAAGGCGAUGUCUACCCAAUUGCAGCCAUUGCUGCAGCUUUUGCUUGUGAUCAGAAACGACACAAUGUGGUUUUAGUUACACAUUCAGCACAUGAGAGCUUAAGGUCUCACUUGGAAGGAAGACAUGUUACCCUCCUUCCUAUUAAAUCACCACCUGUUCUUUCUGUUCAUAACAAUCAUGAAUCCACAGGUUCACAAGGAUUAGCUUUAUCACUUGACAAAAAGAUUAUUACAAGGGAGCAUAGACAAGAAUGCCAUUCUGCAGUUGAAGGAAUUUUUGGACAUGGCUCAAGCAUGGAGGAUUUUAUUGUGAUCAAUUUUUUUGCUUUGGAAGGGUGGAGCCUUGCAGAACUUUUUCAUGUUCGUUGUGUUGUUGCUGCUCCUUAUGUUAUUCCAUACAGUGCGCCCUCAUCAUUUGAGGUUCACUUCAGAAAAGAGCUCCCCCUUCUCUAUGAAUAUCUUCAAGCAGCUCCUAUUAACAAGGUUUGCUGGAAAGACGUGACUCAUUGGAUGUGGCCACUUUUUACUGAAAAUUGGGGAUCAUGGAGAAAUGAUGAUUUGAAUCUGAGUUCCUGCCCUCUUACAGAUCCAGUAACAGGUCUUCCUACUUGGCAUGAUUGGCCACCAGCUCCCCUACUCUUGUAUGGAUUUAGCAAGGAAAUUGUCGAAUGCCCAGACUAUUGGCCAUCAAAUGUUCGUGUUUGUGGGUUUUGGUUCCUUCCUUGUGAGUGGCAGUUUUCAUGUAAGAAGUGUGGAGAUAUUUCAGCAAUUUCUUCUUCUGAAAGUCCUAGAUCAGAAACUGAAAUGUGUGCGGAUCAUAUGAAGUUACAACAUUUUCUGAAGGCAUCAGUGCCACCUAUUUUCAUAGGGCUAAGUUCUGUUGGAAGCAUGGGCUUUCUGAAGCACCCUCAAGCAUUCCUUUGGGUCAUUCAAACUGUACUGGAGAUCACAAAUUUCAAAUUUAUCCUUUUUACUUCUGGCUAUGACCCUUUAGAUGAAGCAGUCAGAAUUCUCAAUAGUGAAACUUCCUGCAUAGAUCAAAGGCAGUACAGCAAUGAGGGAAUGUGUCUCUUUAAUGGUCGGCUCUUCUGCUUUCCCGGUAUGAUACCAUACAAUUGGCUAUUUCCAAGAUGCCUGGCUGCAAUUCAUCAUGGGGGCAGUGGUUCCACUGCUGCAGCGCUAUAUGCGGGAAUCCCUCAGGUAGUAUGUCCAUUUAUGUUGGAUCAGUUCUAUUGGGCUGAGAGGAUGUAUUGGCUUGGCGUUGCCCCAGAACCUGUUAAACAGAGUUAUCUGGUUCCGGAUAAAAUAAAUGAGAUGAGUAUCAGGGUUGCUGCGAAUAUGCUAUCAAAAUCCAUAAAUGACACAUUAUCUCCUAAAGUUAAAGCACGCGCGAUUGAAAUUGCUGCAAGAAUCUCUCUUGAGGAUGGAGUCAUGGAAGCUGUAAAGAUACUUGAACAAGAGAUGAAUUGUUCUGGUUAAAUACAGUUGGUAGAAGGGUGAGGAACUUUGCCUGUUUGAUAUCAACCUUUUUCUUUUUGAACACUUUUUUCUGAUACCAGCCUGAGUCGCUUUCUAUUGGAUGAACAUUUUAUUAUCUUGUCGUUUUUAAAUUGUAUAGCUAUAUUAAAAGUAAUUACAACUUAGUACUGGAUGUUUUAAUGUAGACAAGAUUUGAAAAGUAUUUUUAAUAAAUAUUUAGUAAUGUGUUUAUCCAAAA